AAAAAAAAAUGGCACGCAGCUAUCGCCUCGGUGAUACUUGGUUCGUCGUGUCAUGUGGCUGGUGGCAGCGCGUGGUGGAGCGCGGUGACACACCCACCGACUCGCGCAUCCGCAACUCCGACAUUGUGGACGCCAAGCGCAGUUGUCGCUGCUGUAGUCGCUCUAUCCUGCAUCCUAAUCUAAUGGAAGAUGUGGACUUCCGAUUGGUCAGCGAGCCGGUGUGGAGUGCGCUGUCCCUGGAGUUUGGCUACGACUGGGCCGUGCGUCGCGAGGUGGUGACCAUGGGUCGACGACUUGGCGUGGACGUGUAUCCUUCUGGACUGGAGGAGCGCGCUACAGGUCAUGGCCACAUUCCAAACUCCGAGGCUGUAGCUCCAUCGCCGCCGUCUUCUCCCACGCGAGAAGAGUGGACUCCUGUGAAACUGGAACAGUGGAGAUCGGAGCUUAAACUGGACCAAAGUGUGGACGCAUUGGACACCGACAGCAGGUGGUACGAAGCGAAGAUCGUCGACAUCACGGAUUCGCGGGUCAAGGUGCACUAUCGUGGCUGGAGUGUGAAAUGGGACGAGUGGCUGGCCAAAACGUCGCCGAGGCUCAUGCCAACGCACUCGAGAGUGCCUAAUUGGAGGAAAUUCCAAGUGCAUGACGCGGUGCAGGUGGGUGAGGCGCGACCAGGCAAAAAACGGAUGCUGUGGCGUGACGGUAAGGUGUUGGCCACCUCCACAUCGCUGCUCGUGCAGAUCCAGGUCGGCGAUGAGGUGCGCUGGUUAGAUUCAGAGGACGAACGACUUUGUCCGCCAGGAACGCAUCGCACUAUAAGCUCGGGUACCAACGCUGACGCUGCAUCGUCGUCACCUACGAGCGUCACUACUAUGGGCAGCAACGGGCGUCGAAAGCGCCUCAAAACGUCCUCCAGUCACCUCUCGCUGUUUGAUGACUGAUUCUAGGCUUGCACUUAUCUACUCGCCCGAGAGCAAUCAAUAUGGGCAAGUUACCUUCUGUAUAUAACAAAUGUGAACAAAUACUCGCAAGUUACCUUCUGUAUACAACAAAUGUGAACAGAAGUUCACAUUGUGAACACGUUGGAGCAUUUCCAAGGACUUUCGACCAAUCACAUUCUCCUCACAAUUCAAAUUCCCAAAAGCUCC